UUCAAGAGUAAACACCAUUCAUUAAAAAACAGCCCUAAUUUGAUACCACCACCAUCUCUCCGGUCUUAACUCUGAACAGUCAACACUGGUGUUAUCUUCCGAGGGCUAUCAAUGGCCACUGGCAACAGCACCGCUCUUCUUGUCAUCGACAUGCAGAAUGAUUUUGUGUUGGCAGAUGGCUCUAUGCGUGUUGAUGGUGCUCUGGCUAUCGUCCCCAACGUUAUUAAAGCCGUUGAGCAGGCUAGACGCCGUGGCUUCCUCGUUGUUUGGGUUGUGCGAGAGCAUGACCCGCUGGGAAGAGACGUUGAGCUCUUUAGAAGACACUUUUACGCUGAAGGAAAACCAAAACCGACCUCAAAAGGGAGCAAAGGUGCAGAACUGGUUGAUGGUCUAGUCAUCAAACAAGAAGAUUAUAAGGUGGUAAAGACGCGCUUUAGUGCAUUUUUUGCUACACAACUUCAUUCAGUUCUACAAGGAGCAGGGAUUGAUAGUUUGGUUGCUGUUGGCGUUCAAACUCCGAAUUGCAUAAGGCAGACUGUUUUUGAUGCUGUAGCACUUGAUUACAAGUCUGUUACUGUUAUUGUCGAUGCCACAGCUGCUGCUACCCCUGAUGUGCAUGCUGCCAAUAUUUACGACAUGAAAAAUAUUGGAGUAGCAGCUCCCACACUCGAAGAAUGGUGCGGGUCAAGUAAGUGAAUACUUGUUGUUUUGCUUUGGGGCAGCUGUAUGCGCGGUCGGUCAAAACGGGGGAAUUUGCAUCUGCAAAUUGUACGAUGUAUGUAUAAAUAAACAGUAUCUCGUAGAAGCAUACGCGGUGUGAUACUAUGUAUUUUGUAUUCUGCAUAGAAUACAAGUUAUGUAAGAAUAACAAACAUUGUGGGUUGUGGGUUGUUUAUGUAGCUAGCUAUCUCUCAGUUUGAUGAUGAUUGUGGUGAUGACGUGUAUUUUAAGCAUGCACAAAAGCAUCCUACCUAGGCUUAACCCCAUCCUACAACAUAUCAUUUGAACUUUUCCUGUUGUGUCCUUUUGAUGUUACAAUAUAAGUGUGCUAUUUAAACUUCAAGA